AUGCCCACAGGAGCGAUGCCGGUGCCGGAGCAGCCCCGCGGAGCAGGAGAAGGGGGCCAUGGUCGCCCCGGUGUGAUGCCGACCUCCAACGGGGACGGGUCAGAGACGGAGACCACCUCCUCCAUCCUCGCAUCCGUCAAGGAGCAGGCCAGCAACAGUUCAGCCGAUGAGCAGUUUCGCUGGAACACACAAGCAGAUGGACAGAAGGACAUAGAGGACGAGUUGACCACCGGCUUGGAGCUGGUGGACUCCUGCAUCCGAUCCCUUCAGGAAUCGGGAAUACUCGACAACGAAAAACGACCAGCUCUGCUUUCCCAGAGUUCCUUGCAGCUCAACUCCACCCCGGAGGCUUCGCUUCAGUACUCUGCCAGCUACCAUAGCAACCAGACCCUCGCCCUUAGUGACGGCAUCUCCGCGGCAAUCCCUCCACGCAGCGGGCAGUACGGGGGCGCCGUCCACAGCUACAACCAGGUGACAUCCAAUCGCGUGGCUCAGCAGCAGCAGCAACAUCAAAGUGGGGCGGGGCCAGGAAUCUACUACUCCAGCUCCACCUUACCCAGCCAGCGUGUGAGCUCCCCACUGUCUGCUGGGGGCGGCGGCGGCGGCGGCGGCGGCGGCAGCGGGGGAGGGGGGCCGGGGUCCCCCAGCAAGCUGCAGAGGCUGGGCUCUUCCUCGGACGCUCCGGGCUACGCCACCACCCAGCGCCUGCCUUCCUCCUCCUCCUCUUCCUCGCCCAGCAAACAGUCCCCCAUCGGCCGCCUGGCCAAGUCCUACAGCACCAACAUCGCCGUGACGACAGCGGGAGGGGGCGUGUCCCCUCAUAGAGUGGCUUCUCCACCCAGCUCCGCUGGAGGGGGAGGGGCUAGUGCAUCAUCAUCCCCCCUCCACCAGAUGAGUUCAGGCAUAGGGAGUUAUGCCACACUGUCUCCCAAACGCCUGGCCGCCCACCACGCCUCCGACCAGUACAAGAUCUCCCACGAGCUCUACGCCACCGCCACACUGCAGCGCCCCGGGAGCCUGGCAGGGUCCCGGGGCUCCUACAGCAGCCAACACAGCCAGGAGCCGCCCCUCCGGCCCCUGGGCUCCCCGGAGCACCACAUAGACCCCAUCUAUGAGGAGCGCGUCUACCACAACAAGGGCCCGAUGAGAAGCCUGAGCCAGAGCCAGGGGCCCGACGGGGGCCCCUACCGCAACAACACCGCUCCCUCCUCUCCCGGUGUUGACUCCGCCCCCUUGCAGCGCACAGGAAGUCACGGCGCCGCCACCACGGGCAACUACGGCCGCGGGGGCGGGGCCAACACCUACGCCACCGUGGGGCCGGGCUACACCUCCGGCGUGGGCGUGGGCAGCGUCGGGGACAUGUAUGGAUCGGACCCCUAUGUGGCGGACCCCUACCGGACCCUUCAAUACUGCCCCUCGGUGGUGGAGUCCCCCUACAGCAAGUCUGGCCCCGCACUGCCCCCCGAAAGCGGCAUGCAGCGCUCGCCCUCCAUCGACUCCAUCCAGAAGGACCCCCGGGAGUUCGGCUGGAGAGAUCCAGAGCUGCCAGAGGUGAUCCAGAUGUUGCAGCACCAGUUCCCGUCGGUGCAGUCCAACGCCGCUGCCUACUUGCAGCAUCUGUGCUUCGGAGACAACAAGAUCAAAGCAGAGCCUUCCUCCUCCUCUUCAUCUCCUUCCUCCUUUUCACUCUUCAUCACCCUCCCUCCUCUUCCCCCCUACUCCUCCUCCUCCUCCUCCUCCUCAUAUUCCCUCCUCCUUCUCACCCUCUCCUCUCUUCCUGCUCCUCCUCUCCCCUCCUCCCUGUCCUCCUCCUCCUCUUCUUUCUCUACCCCCUCCCACCGAACUCACUACUCUUCCUCCUCAUUUUCCCCCUUCCUUCUCACCCUCUUCUGUCCUCCUCCUCCUCCUUCUCUACCUCCUCCCACCAACUCACUACUCCUCCUCCUCCACCUAAUUUUCCCUCAUCCUUCUCACCCUCUCCUGUCCUCCUCCUCCUUCUCCACCCACUCCCCCCAACUCACUAUUGCUCCUCCCCAGUGGUCGGUGUACAUCCGCGCGGCGGUGCGUAAGGAGAAGGGCCUUCCCAUCCUGGUGGAGCUGCUGAGGAUCGACAACGACCGGGUGGUGUGCGCCGUGGCCACCGCCCUGCGUAACAUGGCCCUGGACGUCCGAAACAAGGAGCUCAUCGGUAAAUACGCCAUGCGGGAUCUGAUCCACCGCCUGCCCGGCAGCAUCAACAACGGCAGCGGCACCACCACCAGCGGGGGCACGUCGGGGGUCUCCGGGGCGUCCAGCAAGAUCAUGUCUGACGACACGGUGACGGCGGUGUGCUGUGCGCUGCACGAGGUCAUCACCAAGAACAUGGAGAACGCCAAGGCCCUGAGGGACGCCGGCGGCAUCGAGAAGCUCAUCGGCAUCGCCCGCAGCAAGGGGGACAAACAUUCUCCCAAGGUGGUGAAGGCCGCUUCCCAGGUGCUGAGCAGCAUGUGGCAGUACCGAGACCUACGCUCCCUCUACAAGAAGGACGGCUUCUCCCAGUAUCACUUCGUGGGCUCUGCCUCCACGAUAGAGAGAGAUCGACAGAGACCCUACUCGUCUUCAAGGACCCCCUCCGUCUCUCCGGUCAGGAACUCCCCCAACAACCGCUCCGCGAGCGCCCCAGCCUCCCCGCGAGAGAUGAUGAGUUUGAAGGAACGCAAGAUGGAUUACGACUCCACGGCAACCAACGCUGGUUUCCAUAGCAACAAAGGAGAACACACAUCCCGCAAAGACGCCACGGCAGUGUCUUGUGGCGCCUCUACAUUAUUCCGCAACUCUUACUUGACUGCCAGCGAUGAAAUCAAACAAAAUCAGGUCCCAGCCCAGCCCUGUGUCGGCCUGCCGCUCUCCGCGCAGGACGUCCCGCCGGCGGCCCUACUAAAAGACUACGACCCCUACCCUCCCCCUCCCUCCUUCCCCCAGCCGCAGCCCCCGCUGCCGCAGGCCGGCCCCCACCACCCGCUGCACCACGGCCUGGGCCGCAGCCUGGACGACGGCGGCUGCUACUACGAGGAGACGCAGCAGCAGGGCCCCCAGCCCCCGCAGCCCCAGGCGCCGGCCCAGCCCCAGGUGCACCCGCCCCACCCGCCACCGCCGCCGCAGCAGCAGCAGCCCCCGGGGGCCGCCGCCGCCGCCAGCGGACCCCCGCGGGACCCCCGGGAGGACCUGCGCAUGCACCUGGGCCUCAAGUCCACCGGCAACUACGUGGACUUCUAUUCGGCGUCGCGGCCGUACAGCGAACUGAACUACGAGACCAGCCACUACCCGGCCUCCCCUGACUCCUGGGUCUGAGGUCGGGCCAGGGGGGGGCCCUCGUGGA